AUGCUUGCCACAAGCCUGCAGGGCCCCAAAGCCUCUACAAGCACCCAUCAGAGCUCGGCCAGCUCGAGCCGCGACCACCGCCGCUUUGUCGCCAUCGCUACUCGCCUCCCUCGCCGCCUCCAGGCCGUCCUCGCCCUCGCCCUCGUCCUCCUCGUGUGGCGCACCGCCAAGCACCCUCAAGCCUCGACGAGCACCCUCGGCACCCGACGCGCUCCUUCCUCUAGCCCAACGAGCGAGCCCCGAGUCCGCUUCGCCCCCACUCGUCCUCGACCUCCCUCGGCCCGCGUCCGCUUCGCCAACGGCGCAACCCAGCACCUCUAUCCUCGGCCUCGAGGCGUCGCUCAACACUCGCACGAGCCCCUGUGGGAGACGAGCCCCGUCGUGCGCGUCGACAUCUCGCUCGGCGCGAGCUUGCGCUGGGCCGGCGACGAGGGCAACGGGGGCGUGGUCGAGCGAGGGCGGGGUGACGACUGCCGCGAGGGGGCGUGUGACGGGUGGAGGAGCGUCAGGCUCGAGGUGGACGUCGAGACGGGCUUGCGGCAGCUGCGCCAUGCCGAUCCAGCCGAGCCUCUCGUCGUCGAGCUGCCGUCAAGUGCACCUGUCGCCCCGACCGACGUGACGCUCGUCACGCAGCUGUCCGUCUCGCGCCUCGGUCGCCUCGACCGCCUCCUCGCCGCGUGGGACGGUCCCGUCUCGGCCGCCAUCUACCUCGUCGACGAGGCCGACAUCGCCACCCUUUCGGCGCACUUGUCGCCCACCCGCCUCGGCUCGCCCGACUGGCACCGCGUCUCGUUCGUCGUCGUCAAGCCCGACUUCUCCGUCGCCGAGUCUGCCCUCCUCGAGCGGCUGCGGUACCCGAUCAACCGCCUGCGCAACCUCGCCCUCUCGGCCGCACCCUCGCCCUACACCCUCGUCAUCGACGUCGACUUUGUCCCCUCGCCCAACCUGCACUCGGUCCUCGUCGAGCGCGGCGUACCGCUCAUCGGGCGCGCGCAGCACUCGUCGCUCGGCGCGCGCUCGCCCACCUUGCGGCCCGUCGCCGUCGUCGUGCCCACGUUCGCCCUCUCCAGCGCGUUCGACGGCGCGUACCCGAACUCGACCGCCGAGCUCGAGGCGCUGUUCAUGGCGGACCCGCCCGUCGCGAGCCUCACCGACGCCAACGCCGGCCACGGCCCGACGCUCCCCUCCCUCCUCUUCAGCCUCUCGCGCACCUCCUCCUCCUCGUCACCCUCCUCUCGCGUCCCGCCGAGCGCCAGCCCCGACCCGUCGCACUCGUACGAGCUGUGCUACGAGCCCCAGUGGGAGCCGUACUACCUCGUGUCGCGCGCGUCGCACCCGCUCUACGACGAGCGCUUCACCGACCAGGGCGGCGACAAGCAGGCGCACGCCCUCGUCCUCAACGCGCUCGGGUUCGAGUUCCGCGCCGUGCUCGGCGACGCGUGGGUCGUGCACCCGCCAAAGGUCGACCGCGACGAGGAGGCGUGGCCGGCUGCGAGGCUCGUGCAGCGCCAUGGGCGCCCGGAGCGAGCGGCGGCGGCGGACGAAGCGGCGCUCGAGCUCGGCGAGGCAGCAGAGCAGGACGACGGCGACGAGGAGGAGGGGCACUUUAACCUCGCCGCGCAGCGCGACCAGUCGCGCUUCCGGUACUUCGAGGACUUUCUCCCCGAGAUGGAGCGCACGUGGGGCAGCAACGUGCGCUGGCCAAGAGGGUGCGGCGCGAGCGUCGUCGGCGGCGGGCGCAGCUUUGGGCGAGCGAGGGCCGGCAGCAUGUUCGGGCUGUAG